CAUAUGCUACCCGUGGGGUGCGCCACUGAAGAGCAGCAUGCCGCUCUGCUUUGCGAGGUCUUGCCUUCCUUCGGUGCGAAGGCAUGUGAGUGGUAGGCAGCAGCACUAUAAAUCACGCGUUAUAUUCUCCAUGAUUCUUGGAUUCGAGUGUGGAGUGCUUAAGAAACACUAGCUGGCUGCUAGCUUAAUUAGCGAGCGAGCGAGCGAUUAUCCGGCCGAUCGAGCUUGUUUUCCGAUUUAAUUGGAGAGAGAUAUAUAUGCGCUUGUGUAUCGACGACAACGACGAGGAAGCAGUUAAGCUAGAGCAAGAAAUGGAGGACGUCGACGUGAAGGCCUCCUCGGGCCGCAGCGCCGUGACCGCGAGCGCCAUGGCGGCCUCGUACAACGACCAGAUCCGCCCGCUGCUGGACGCCGUGGACCGCCUGCGGCAGUUGAACGUGAGCCAGGAGGGCAUCCAGCUCCCGACCAUCGUCGUCGUCGGCGACCAGUCCAGCGGCAAGUCGAGCGUGCUCGAGUCGCUGGCCGGCAUCAGCCUCCCGCGCGGGCAGGGAAUCUGCACCCGCGUGCCGCUCGUCAUGCGGCUGCAGAACGGAGACGAGGCCAAGCUGCAGAUCGAGUACGGCAGCGGCCGUGUGGUGACCGUCGCCUCCGAGGCGGAGGUCGCCGUCGCCAUCGACGAAGCGACCGCCGAGAUCGCUGGAUCCGGCAAGGGCAUCUCGGACGCGCCCAUCACCCUCGUCGUGCAGAAGAGGGGCGUGCCCGACCUCACCCUCGUCGACCUUCCGGGCAUCACCCGCGUGCCCGUGCAGGGCCAGCCGGAGGACAUCUACGACCAGAUCGCCAGGAUCAUCAAGGCGUACAUAGCGCCCAAGGAGAGCAUCAUCCUCAACGUGCUCUCCGCCACGGUGGACUUCCCGACGUGCGAGUCCAUCCGCAUGUCGCAGCAGGUGGACCGCACCGGCGAGCGCACGCUCGCGGUGGUCACCAAGGCCGACAAGAACCCGGAGGGCCUGCUGGAGAAGGUCACCAUGGACGAUGUCCACAUCGGCCUGGGCUACGUCUGUGUCCGGAACCGCAUCGGCGACGAGACGUACGACGAGGCGCGAGCGGCGGAGAGGCGGCUGUUCGAGGAGCACCCUCUGCUCUCCCUGAUCGACAGGUCCAUGGUGGGCAUCCCCACGCUCGCUUCGAGGCUGACGCAGAUACAGGCGGGCAUCAUCGCCCGGUGCCUCCCUGACAUCGUCAAGCAGAUCAACGACAAGCUCAGCCGCAGCAGCGAUGAGCUCAGCCAGAUGCCGCCGGACCUCAGCACCGUCGCCGACGCGGUGAGGGAAUUCUACCACAUCGUCAAGCAGGUGCGCGCUUCGCUGGAGAAGUUGCUUGUGAGGGGCGAGUUCGACGAGUACCCAGAUGACCACCACCGCCAUGGUACGGCGCGCAUCGCCGAGAUGCUUGACUGCUACGCGAGCAAGCUGCCUGCCCACUGCCCGGCGCGAGACGGCGAGCCGUUCCUGGCGGAGGAGAUGCGAGUCCUAGAGGAGACCAAGGGCAUCGUCCUCCCAAACUUCCUGCCAAGAUCGGCGCUCCUGGUGCUACUCAAAAAGAAGGUGGAGAGCAUCGUGCACGUCCCGCACGAUCUAGUCAGCCAGGUGUGGGACUACGUCGAGGAGCUGGUCAUGGGGAUACUGCAGCAUCACUCGCGCAGCUACCCGCAGGUGCAGACUUCGUGCCGCCGCGCCGUGCAGAGCCUCAUGGACAAAGCGCGGGCACGCUCGGCGCAGCACGUGAACGAGCUCAUCGACAUGGAGCUGGUGGCCGACUACACGGCGAACCCGGACUACACGAUGAAGUGGAACGACAUGAUGACGGAAGGUCAUGGCACGUUCCUCCAAGCCGUGGAGGACCACUCCAACCCCGCGGUGGUGACCAUCCCAGGCUUCGGGGAGACGGACGUGUCGCACCUCAGGCUGCAGCAGAAGCUCGCCGGGCAGGCCUUCGACCUAAAGGCUCGCCUCGACGCCUACUGGAGCUGCGUCGUGCUCCGCCUCGUGGAUGGCCUGGCGCUGCACGUCCUCUACAGCGUCAAACGCCUCGUGGAGAAAGAUCUCGAGGAUGAGGUCGCAGCCCAAGUUCUGGGCAGCAACAUGGACGGAGUGGAGCGGAUGUUGGUGCCGACCACGGCCACCGCCGCCAAGCGUGACCGCCUCAGGAAAAGCAUCUCACUGCUCCGGGAGUGCAGGGAACUCGUCGCCAAUACCAUGGACAAGAUUAACGCGGAAAGCAAUGAUCGUGUCUAACCGAUCUAGCUAGCGAGCGAGCUACUUAAUUAAUUUCCAUCCAUCCAUAUUAGCUACUCGAUCAACUGUAUCCUGCAUGUUCACUCGAAAUAAUCUUAUAAUUUAUCUCUACUAUAUAAAACAUGA